UGAACUGCUUUUGCUUUGUGAACGAAGGCGUGUCCGGGGGAGUAAUGCAUAUAAUCGUCAGGCGCGUUGCGAUAGGCUUGAGCUACCCAGUCCUUCGCUUUCUUUGCUCCAGCAGACUCAGCCGCAGGCUCUCUACGAUGGCCGAGAUCCCCUCCGAGCAAGUGGUAUUCAACAAGCCAAAGGUUGAGCUGCAUGUGCAUCUUGAUGGAGCCAUCAGGGUGCAGACUAUUCUUGACGUUGCCAAGAGACGGGGCAUCACUCUGCCAGCAAAUACUGUGGAAGAGUUGACACAGAAUAUUAUUCUCCAAGAGCCGGCCACCCUCACCAAGUUCCUGAGCAAGUUCGCAGAGUACAUGCACGUGAUUGCUGGAGACAGAGAGGCCAUCAAGAGGAUAGCCUAUGAGUUUGUCGAGGACAAAUCUAAGGAGGGGGUGAUAUACGUUGAGGUCAGAUACAGCCCGCAUUUUCUGGCAAACACUAAAGUGGAGCCCAUACCAUGGGACCAGGAAGAAGGUGACCUGUCUCCAGACGAGGUGGUGCACCUGGUUAACAUGGGCCUCAGCGAUGGGGAGAGGGCCUUCAAUAUCAAAGCCAGGUCCAUUCUAUGCUGCAUGCGCCACAUGCCAAGCUGGUCCAUGGAUGUCGUGGAGCUGUGUAAGAAAUACCGCUCAGAAGGAGUGGUCGCCAUCGAUCUGGCAGGUGAUGAGUCGCUCAAUUGUGUAGCCAAUCCAGGGCACAGGAAAGCAUAUGAGGAAGCAGUGCGCAGUGGUGUCCACAGGACAGUUCACGCAGGAGAGGUGGGCCCGCCGACUGUUGUGAAGGAGGCUGUAGAAGUUCUGAAAGCUGAACGAGUUGGACACGGUUACAGAACCCUGGAGGACCAGGAUCUGUACAGGGAACUGCUGGCUAAGAACAUGCACUUUGAGGUGUGUCCUAUUUCCAGUAAGAUGACUGGCGCCUGCGACCCAGACUUCACUAAGCAUCCUGUCAUCACGUUCAGAAAGGACAAGGCAAACUACUCCCUGAACACAGAUGAUCCCCUGAUCUUCAACUCCAGCCUGCACCUUGACUACAGCACCGCGCACAAAUACAUGGGAUUCACCGAGGAGGAAUUCAAACGCCUGAACUUAAAAUCUGCCGAGUCGUGCUUCCUGCCGGAGGACGAGAAGAAUGAGCUCCUCCACAAGCUGUAUGAGGCCUACGGGAUGCUACAGACGACUGCCUUUUAAACCUGAUGGAGGAGGAAGUCUGAGGAGGAAAUGAGACCUGACCCAGCAGGGACGAAUCACUCUGAACCCUUAAUCUCCUCACCUGACGCAGUGGAAUGUCUUUCUCCUCAUUUGUAACCAGACAUUUAACUGACAGAAUUAUACAUCACGUAUGCUGUUUAUCAUAUGGCUGCUGCCUUCAUCUCACAUAUCUAUACAUCCUAAUCUUGUGUUCUGUCAGUGCUCCAUACUUUUUAAUACUUAAGUAUACGGCGCACUUUACAGAGGGUGAUGUGGCGCUCUGCACGGUGCUAAAAACACAGGCAUGCAAGUGUUUUAUGUUUAUGAAGCAGAUUUUGUUUUUAUGAAAACUAUGGAUACAUUCUUCAUCUUGUGUUUACAUCCUGUUGUCAUGGAGAAAAUCAGGGAAGCUUUUGACGCACAAUUACUCAGCAGUUUUAAUACUUUGUCAGCAUGUUAAAGGGAAGGAUGGGGGAGGAAUAUGUCGUUCAUCUUUGGUGUGAAAGCAUGUAGUGAAGGAUAACUCAAUUUACUACCUACAGGGAGAAUAUGGUUUACAGUGAAUAUCCAGUGUUUGGUUUAAGGGAGAAAUAAGGGAAUCCAGUGUCGGACAUGUGUGCUUUUCGCCCUCCAUUCUUAAAACAGGUAAAACAGCUCAAUACCAAAAGUAUAGUCUUAUAUUUGAACACUAGGGGGCACAAUACAGUCACCUAGAUGGACAAACCACAGUUUGUGGCUUUGCAUAUCCUAAUUACUCAAUUCUUUUGAUGUAUGUAUUUAUUUAAAAUAUUUUUUCACUUCACUUAAUUAAAAAAAAACACUUCCAUGUGUAACAGACACAUUUAUGACACUUAUGAAAAGCAUCUUUGAGCAUAAUAAAAUCUAUUAUAAAACA